AUUAAUUAUUUUAAAACUCAGGGAGUAAGGUGAAUGUUGGAGUUUGUCCAAGAAUUCAUGAAAAUGCUUACAACUUGCAAAGUUUUGGUAAGCCUGGGCUGGGUAUCACUUUAUAUAAAGUAAAGUGAAGUGUUAUUAUAGCCCAAUUUGCACUUUGGUUUAUUUGCAAGUACCUGCUGUUUUGGGAGGCCGAAAACAACACACCGUUCCCUUUUUCUUGUAAAUGGAAAACUGCACGUUAGCUUGAACUUGCGUGCCAUGUUCAAGUUUCUGACCUAUUCACAUUUUUUCCCUUUUAAAAGUUCGCAGGUCGCUUAAAAAAGCUGAAACACACACACACACAAACCAAAAAUCCCACGAAAACGGUGUCGCGGGAACGUUGAACAAUUAUUAUUUUUUUUUUGUAAGCACUGCUCCUCAUUAUUAUUAUUUUAUUCUCCUUGAUCCGUUUCUCGACGUUAUUAAUUCUCCUCGCUGGAAUCUGAACAUCGAAAAUCCAAAAAUCGAAAUCGCACACACCUGAAGGAAUAGGAAGAAGACGACGACACAAGAUGUGGAGACGCGUGGCAUCAUCACUUUCCCCGAUUAUUUCUUCAUCACCAUCAUCUCGAUCCCUUUCGCGUAACCAGGCAGCUUUUGGGCUCAUUAUUCGAGAAUCAUUUGCAACGGAGAUUAGUAAACCGGAAGAAGGGGCGAAAUCUCCCUUCAUUACGUUCGUACUAGGAGGACCUGGAAGUGGGAAAGGAACGCAAUGUGAGAAGAUUGUUGAGACCUUUGGAUUGACACAUCUCAGCGCUGGAGAUUUGCUUAGGAGAGAAAUCGCUAUGCACACUAAAAACGGGGAUAUGAUUCUGAACUUGAUUAAAGAUGGGAAAAUUGUUCCUUCUGAGGUUACCGUGAAGCUAUUACAGAAGGAGCUGGAGUCGAGUAACAGUUCCAAGUUUCUCAUUGAUGGGUUUCCGCGAACUGAGGAGAAUCGUGUUGCUUUUGAGCGCAUUGUAGGAGCCGACCCGGAUGUAGUGCUGUUCUUCGAUUGCCCUGAAGAAGAGAUGGUGACACGCGUCUUGAAUCGUAACCAGGGCCGAGUUGAUGAUAACAUAACUACAAUGAAGAAGCGUCUGAAAAUCUUUGAGGCCUUAAAUCGUCCUGUCAUUGACUACUACAAAAACAAAGGAAAACUCUACACAAUUAACGCAGUAGGAACAGUAGAUGACAUAUUCAAACAAGUUCUACCUAUUUUCACUCCAUUUCAAGAGCAAUUGAAGCAGAGUCGCCAUGUAAAUCCAAAGUCUCCUUUGGUAGAACAUUCUUCUUAACAAAAGACAAUCAGUCUGAAAUUUAUUCAUUACUUUUGAAUUUUGAUACGCUUUUGCAUCGUUUUGUUUGUAUUAUCAUCAUAACUCAUAAAAGGAAAAAAAAAACAAAAAAAAAAAUGUAACUUAUAAUAUUUAUUACUAAUAUUUUAUCAUAUUAA